UCGGCGGCCGCUCCGGGAUGUGGGAGCUCGGCGGAGCAGGGGCGCCGCUGCCAGCCGCGCUCAGUGCGGGACGCGCAGGGAUCGAACGGAGCCGCCUCGAGCGCCCCCGCCUUGCGAGUCAAGCCCCGGUUCCUCUCGCCCAGAGCAGCGGGAGCGCCGCGGCAGCCCCUGAGCAGUCCCUGGCCUCUCUGGACGCUGUGCUGGGGUCGUAGCGGCGUCCGGCGCCGCGCACAGCCCGCAGAGAGGCGGGAGGGAGCGGGCAGGAGCAGAGGAGAGGGCGGAAGCAGAUGUGUUACCGGGAAAGCCAUGCUUUUCCUCUCUCAGGGCUGUGAGCAAAGCCAGAGCCAACGCUGAGAGUGAGGGGACAGAGUUGGUGGCCCCCCACUCUUGCAGGCCGGUUUUGCUGUGCAGUGAAUCCGCGGCCGUGCGAGCGUGUGACCCGCCGCGGUGCGGGGUGUGAUUCUGGGGACCGGGAUCCCUUCUCUCGCAUAUUGCGGUAAAACAUGCUGAGGAGACCUGUGGCGGUGUGAAGUAAAAACUAUGGCACAGCUGAUGGGAAGGAGAAGCCUGGCUUGUUUUCUGCUUUUGUUUGCUGGCUGUCAUGAGUUACAAGGUGAAAAGACGAACAGUCAGCCUGCUUCUCGGGACGCAGGAAUGUGGUGAAGAUGCCUCCGAGAGGCAGAGACCGGGCUUUUAUCCUCAGAAGCGUCUUUUGACCUGUGCGCUGCAUUCAUUCACUAAAGACAAGGGCUGGACAACCUGUGUUACUAGGUGGCAGCAAGGAAGGCGGGAAUUUCGCCAUGGGGUACGACAGAAGCUGGGUGUUGAUGAAUGAAAGCGACCAUGCCCCGUCCCAGGCUGUCACCGGAGCUCUGGAGACGGGGAACGCCUCGGCCGGGCAGAUGGUGUGGCAGGGCGGGAAUGUCAGCGAGGCGGGCGCCGUGGAGGGCGAGGAGCACGGCGAGGAACAGAGCUACCGGCACUUCACCACCACCGUGCAGGUUGUCAUCUUUGUGGGCUCUUUGCUGGGUAACAUCAUGGUGCUGUGGUCAACUUGCAGAACAUCGCUACUUAAAUCUGUAACAAACCGGUUCAUUAAGAAUUUGGCCUGCUCGGGGAUCUGUGCCAGCCUAGUCUGUGUGCCUUUUGACAUUGCUCUUAGUGCCAGUCCACACUGCUGCUGGUGGAUCUAUACGAUGCUCUUCUGCAGAAUUGCCAAGUUUCUGCACAAAGUCUUCUGCUCAGUGACCAUCCUUAGUUUUCCAGCCAUUGCUCUUGACAGAUACUACUCUGUUUUAUAUCCUCUGGAAAGAAAAAUAUCUGAUGCAAAAUCCCGAGACCUGGUUAUCUAUAUCUGGGCCCAUGCAAUAGUGGCCAGCAUUCCAGCAUUUGCUGUGACCAAUGUGUCUGAUAUUUAUGCCAUGUCCACUUGCUCUGAAUCUUGGAGUUACUCCCUUGGCCACCUGAUAUAUGUCAUCAUCUAUAAUAUCACCACUGUGAUUGUACCGGUGGCUGUGGUAUUUCUCUUUAUGAUUCUUAUUCGCAGAGCGCUGAGUGCCAGCCAGAAGAAAAAAGUCAUCAUAGCUGCAUUAAGGACCCCUCAGAAUACAGUUUCUAUCCCAUAUGCCUCCCAGCGAGAAGCUGAGCUCCACAUCAUGCUGCUUUCUAUGGUUAUGAUAUUUAUCUUCUGCAGUGUCCCCUACCUGACUUUGGUGAUUUACCGCACCAUACUCAAUAUUUCAGAUAUUUCAGUCUUCUUGCUCCUCACUGCUAUUUGGUUGCCCAAGGUCUCUUUGCUGGCCAACCCUUUGUUAUUUUUAACUGUUAACAAAUCAGUACGGAAGUGCUUAGUGGGGACAAUAGUACAGCUGCACCGAAGGUUUAGCAGGAGAAACAUUGUCAACUCAGGUGGUAUUGCAGAUGAUAAUCUGGAGCCCAGCGUGCAUUCAGGAAGCCAGCUUCUGGAGAUGUUUCAUAUCGGGCAACAACAAAUCUUCAAGCCGAUGGAAGAUGAGGAGAAUGAGACCAAAUCCAUUGGCUCUGGUGACUUUCAACGGAAAGAAAUUCCUACCACCAGUUUAGAGCUAGGACAGACUUUGGUUCACAGGUUUAUACCACAGACAAUUGCAGCUCAGGUGGCCCCAGCUGUGCCCACAGAAGCCGAUACAGUAAAUGACAAGUACUCCAUGCAGUUUGGUUUUGGACCCUUUGAGCUGCCUCCACAGUGGCUCUCAGAAAACCGUAACAAUAAGAAGCGACUCCUGCCUCCUUUGGGGAAUACCCCUGAAGAGCUAAUCCAGACAAAACAGCCUAAGUGUAAAGCAGAAAGAAAAGUCAGCAGAAACAAUAAAGUCAGUAUCUUUCCCAAGGUGGAUUCUUAGUAAGAGCAGGAGCUUUAAGUGACAGAGGAAGGUCACUUUCUAUUACAUUUUUGAUCCCAUGGAUCUUUAUUAUGUUGAAAUUUGUUACAGCCUAAUUUUUUUUGCCAAAUAUAAGUUAACUGACAAACAAAAGAAAAACAUAUAUACAAGUGUUCCUUAUUAAUAUUAAAUACUUAAUGAAAAUGAUAUAUCAAAUAUAUAUGGAAAUUUGUCAUUUGAGCUCUGAAAUCCCUACAAUGAUACCUCCUUAUU